AAGCCCAAACCCAGCCCAAGCCUACCCGAGGCUCCCCUCUCCACUCCCCUUCCCUCACCCGCGCCGCAUCGCAGCCGCUAUCCGCGUGGGCAUUCCGCCGAGCACCUGGCGCGCAUGGCGAUGGCUUCGCACCACCUCGCCCAGCCGCCCACGCGCGCGGCUCUCUCCUCGCGCCCCACCUACCCGCUCUCCAGCCAUCACCACUCCUCCCGUCUCCAGCUCCCGCUCGUCAGCGGGGCGCGGCGCAGCAGGCUGUCCCCCGCGGUGGCGACGUCCCCGGUCGCCGCCCCAGCGAUGGACGCCGUGGCCGACUGGGGGCUGACCACUCUGGAGGAGGCUGACCCGGAGGUGUACGACCUCGUCGAGCGCGAGAAGCGGCGGCAGCGCGCGGGCGUCGAGCUCAUCGCGUCGGAGAACUUCACCUCGCUCGCCGUCAUGGAGGCGCUGGGCUCGCCGCUCACCAACAAGUACUCCGAGGGCAUGCCGGGGUCCCGCUACUACGGAGGCAACGAGGUCAUCGACGAGGUGGAGGAGCUCUGCCGCGCCCGCGCGCUCGCCGCCUUCCACCUCGACCCCGAGGCCUGGGGCGUCAACGUGCAGCCCUACUCCGGCUCGCCGGCGAACUUCGCCGCCUACACCGGGCUGCUCCAACCCCACGAGCGGAUCAUGGGGCUCGAUUUGCCGUCCGGCGGCCACCUCACGCACGGCUACUACACCGCCGGCGGCAAAAAGAUCUCCGCCACGUCCAUCUACUUCGAGAGCCUGCCGUACAAGGUGAGCUCCGAGACAGGAUACGUCGAUUAUGAUAAGCUGGAGGAGAAGGCCAUGGAUUUUCGGCCCAAGCUCAUCAUCUGCGGCGGGAGCGCGUACCCGCGGGAUUGGGAUUACGCCAGGUUCAGGGCCAUCGCGGAUAAGUGCGGCGCCAUGUUGCUCUGCGACAUGGCUCACAUCAGUGGCCUAGUUGCCGCGCAGGAGGCUGCAAAUCCUUUUCAAUAUUCUGAUGUGGUUACCACCACCACCCACAAGAGUCUCCGAGGGCCAAGAUCUGGUAUGAUCUUCUACAGGAAGGGCCUGAAGCCUCCCAAGAAAGGCCAGCCUGAGGGCGCUCUGUAUGACUACGAGGACAGGAUCAACUUCGCAGUGUUUCCGUCGCUCCAAGGGGGCCCUCACAACCACCAAAUUGCUGCGCUAGCGGUUGGUUUGAAGCAGACUAUGUCACCUGGAUUCAAGUCUUAUAUUAAGCAGGUCAAGGCCAAUGCUGUUGCCCUUGGUAACCAUUUGAUGAGUAAGGGCUACAAAUUGGUUACUGACGGAACAGAGAACCAUCUUGUUCUCUGGGAUCUGCGCCCUCUUGGCUUGACUGGUAACAAAGUUGAGAAGGUCUGUGAUUUGUGCAGCAUUACACUGAACAAAAAUGCUGUCUUUGGGGAUAGCAGUGCAAUGUCACCUGGUGGUGUCCGCAUUGGUACACCUGCCAUGACAUCAAGGGGUUUGGUAGAGGAGGACUUUGUACAGAUCGCCGAGUUCCUUCACCAGGCAGUGACCAUCUGCUUGGAUGUUCAGAAGGAGCGUGGCAAGCUUCUCAAGUACUUCAACGAGGGCCUGGAGAACAACAAGGACAUUGAGGACCUCAGGGCGGAGGUGGAGAAGUUUGCCACUUCAUUCGAGAUGCCUGGCUUCAGGGUAUCCGACAUGAAGUACAAGGAUUAGGCGGCAUCGUGCACAUCGUCCUCUUUCUCUUGCCCUGAACUUUGGCGCCCUUGAAACCUGAUUACUGUGGCGUGAAUCGUGGUGUAUGGAUUUUGCUGAACUCUGGGUAGUCUCUAACCGCUUUCGUCUACCUGAGCUGGUUGUGCCAUUCAGUCGUUAAAUGCUGGAAUUGUAAUGAUGUGGUAUAAUAAUAAUAACUAGCAUGGUGGUCCGCGCAGAUUGCGCGGCUAGCAUCAUUAUAUUUUCUCUCA